AUGAUCGAUCCUAUCACCCUCCCAUCUCUGAAGGGCAAGCGCAUCAUCGUGACUGGUGGUGCGCGCGGUAUCGGCGCUGCUGCCACUCAAAUUCUCGCUAAGCAAGGCGCCCAUGUGUUCAUUCUCGAUAUCAAUGACGACUUGGCGAAGGCUUUAAUCACUGAGCUAUCUACCCAGCUGUGUACCCAGAUUGACUAUGCACAUGUUGAUGUCUCAAAGAAGGCAGAAGUCGUAAGAGGUGUUGCAGAAGCCGUUAAAAUCCUCGGCGGUCUUGACUGUCUGAUCCAUUCAGCAGGAAUUGAGAGCCAGUCUUGUAUCGAGGAUUUGAGCGAGACCGAUAUCGAUCUCGUGCUAGAUGUCAACUUGAAAGGCACGAUCUACACGAAUCAAGCUGUAUUUCCUUAUAUGAAAGAUGCUGGUGGCAACAUCCUCAACAUUGGGUCUGAUAUGGGGGUUGACCCGUUCCCUGGAGUCUCGAUUUAUGGAGCAUCCAAAGGCGCGGUGCAUAGCUUUACUCGUUCGGCUGCGAAAGAAUGGGGGAAGUACAAUAUUCGGGUUAAUGCACUUCUUCCAGCGGUGCAUACUGAAUUGUGGGAUGAGUUCAGGAAUUCUCUUUCCCCGGAGAUGCUUGGAGGGCUCGAUCAGAUGAUGUCUGAGAAAAUCUUGCUCGGUGGUAAAAUGGGAGAUCCAACUCGCCACUUGGCUCCGGUCAUUGCUUUUCUCAUGUCUGAUUGCUCAUCAUUCAUGACCAGCCAGUUGAUUCCUGUUAAUGGUGGUCUGGGCCAAGUUCGCUGA